AAGCAGAAGAACAGCUAGUGGUCAACGAAUUCUACGACAGCUGUAGUAGUUAGAGACUCAGGACUCUAGUCACUCUGCAGUGCGAACUGCGAAGUUUAGUAUUUGUAUAGUUGUGCUCUGUCGACCCGUCCGGCGCUUGUGCACUCUAGACACGAAGUUUGGUGAAGUUUUCAUUAUGAGUGGCCCUAACCCUUAUGAUCGACUACUUAAAACUAUCAAUGUCGGUGGAAAAGAAUUCAAGUAUUAUGAUCUACCUUCGCUAGGUCAAGAGUACAACAAGCUACCUUUCUCCAUCCGAGUGCUGUUGGAGUCUGCUGUCCGCAAUUGUGACAACUUCCAGGUGCGCGAGUUAGAUGUCAACAAUGUCCUCAACUGGUGUGUCAACCAAAAAGUGGAAGGGGGAGUGGAAAUCGCCUUCAAACCAGCUCGGGUAAUUUUGCAGGACUUCACUGGAGUGCCGGCUGUUGUCGACUUUGCUGCCAUGAGAGACGCCGUCAAGUCUCUUGGAGGCAAUCCUGAUAAAAUAAACCCUAUCUGUCCCUCCGAUUUGGUUAUAGAUCAUUCUGUCCAGGCUGACUUUGUGCGAUCGCCAGAUGCAUUACAAAAGAAUGAACAGCUUGAGUUUGAAAGAAACAAGGAGCGUUUUAUGUUUCUCAAGUGGGGGGCCAAGGCAUUCCGUAACAUGCUGAUUGUGCCUCCUGGCUCCGGCAUUGUGCAUCAGGUGAAUCUCGAGUACCUUGGCCGUGUUGUGUUCACUGAUUCUUCGGUCCUUUAUCCAGACUCUGUUGUCGGCACUGACUCGCACACCACCAUGAUCAACGGUUUGGGUGUCGUCGGUUGGGGUGUUGGAGGUAUUGAAGCAGAAGCAGUGAUGCUUGGUCAGGCCAUUUCCAUGCUGUUGCCUGAGGUAAUAGGAUACAAACUUGAGGGCAAACUCAGCCAAUACGCUACAUCAACAGAUCUUGUCCUAACAAUUACCAAGCACUUGCGGCAAGUAGGAGUCGUCGGAAAGUUUGUGGAAUUUUUUGGACCGGGGGUGGCAGAACUGUCCAUUGCAGACAGAGCUACAAUUGCCAAUAUGUGCCCUGAAUAUGGUGCUACUGUCGGAUUCUUCCCUGUCGACCAAAACAGCUUGGCGUACCUUCGUCAAACAAACCGAGAGGAGGCAAAGGUUCAGGCUAUCGAGGCAUACCUGCGUGCGGUGCGAAUGUUGCGCAACUAUGCAGAUGCGGCACAAGACCCUGUGUUCACACAGGUGGUCACGCUGGACCUGAGCACGGUGGUAUCUUGUGUCAGCGGUCCCAAGCGUCCCCAUGAUCGCGUCUCUGUCACAGACAUGAAGACAGAUUUCCUACAAUCACUCACCAACAAGGUUGGAUUUAAGGGGUUCGGUCUGAGCCCGGAUGUGGUGAAGAAGUCGGUGGAUUUUACGUACGAAGGGAAAACGUACCAGCUAAGACACGGAUCUGUGGUCAUUGCUGCAAUCACUUCCUGCACAAACACUAGCAAUCCUAGCGUCAUGCUUGGAGCAGGGCUGCUGGCGCGCAAGGCAGUUGAUGCAGGGCUCUCUGUAGCACCGUACGUCAAGACCUCCCUGUCUCCAGGCUCGGGGGUGGUCACUUACUAUCUGCGGGAGAGUGGGGUGGUCUCUGCUCUCACUCAGCUCGGCUUUGACACUGUUGGCUUCGGCUGCAUGACCUGUAUUGGCAAUAGCGGCCCACUGGAUGAGACAGUAGCUGACACCAUUGAAAAGAAUGACCUUGUAUGUUGUGGAGUGCUUUCGGGCAACAGGAAUUUCGAGGGGCGAAUUCACCCCAAUACCAGAGCCAACUACUUGGCUUCCCCCCUACUGGUCAUUGCCUACGCAAUCGCCGGGCGGGUCGACAUUGACUUUGAGACUGAACCAUUGGGCAAGAGAGCAAAUGGUGAGCCGGUGUACCUCCGUGAGAUCUGGCCGAGCCGGGAGGAAAUCCACAAAGUAGAGACCAAGCAUGUGAUACCGGCUAUGUUCCGUGAGGUGUACGCCCGGAUAGAGAAUGGCUCCAACAGUUGGCAGUCCUUGACAGCUCCCAGUGGCCAGCUGUACCCCUGGGACACCUCCUCAACCUACAUCAAGAACCCUCCAUUCUUCCAGGGCAUGACUAAGGAGCUGCCACAGCUAGGCAGUGUCAAGAAUGCUAAUGUGUUGCUGCUGUUAGGAGACUCUGUCACUACUGACCACAUCAGUCCGGCUGGCAGUAUCGCCCGAAACAGCCCAGCCGCUCGAUACCUCGCUAAGAGAGGGUUGACACCGAGAGACUUCAACUCGUACGGAUCACGACGAGGGAAUGAUGAUGUGAUGGCACGAGGAACAUUUGCCAACAUUCGGUUGGUCAACAAGUUGGUGAGCCAGUCGGGGCCUCGCACCUUGCACAUACCGUCUGGAGAAGAGUUAGAUGUGUUUGAUGCGGCCGAGCGCUAUGCACAGACAAACACUCCGCUGAUAGCCAUUGUGGGUAAAGAGUAUGGAUGUGGAUCAUCCCGUGACUGGGCAGCCAAAGGACCUUUCCUCCUUGGUAUUAAAGCAGUAAUAGCAGAAUCGUUUGAGAGAAUCCAUCGUUCGAACCUGGUCGGUAUGGGAAUCAUACCUUUACAGUUCCUGCCAGGACAGAAUGCCGAGUCACUAAAACUGACUGGCAAGGAGACCUACACCAUUGACAUUCCAGCUGAUGCCAAACCUCUUCAAAACAUCACAGUCAAGGUGAGUACUGGCCAAAGCUUUGAGGUCCUUCUGAGGUUCGACACCGAAGUGGAUCUGCUUUAUUAUCAUCACGGUGGAAUCCUCAAUUAUAUGGUUCGCAAAAUGCUGGACGCGUAGUACCGCACACACACAAAUACAUGGCAGUUUGAUGCAGGUGGUGUUCCAAAAAUUCAGUUGUAACGAGCAAUCUAAGAUGAACUUCAUGUUCUCAAUUAUAAAAAAAGAAACGAUGUUUAAGUAUCACUUCCAAGGUUUUAGUUAAAUUGUAACAAACUCCUGUAUAUUUAAAACACUCAUCAAGGCCUCUGCACACUUAACAGCUUGAAAACUGAAAUUAGAUUUUUAUAUUCAUUCAGAAUUAAUUAGAAAGUGUUUUUUCCAUGAUAUCAUCACAAUUUCAAGUUGCCUGUGUAGUGGAGUGUUUUUAGAUAUAUAAAGGCAGUGUUAGUCAGGUGCUUUGAUAAAAUAUUGUCUACUUGUUGUCUGUUAAAAAUAAUUCUUAUGUUAAUUUCCUCAUGUCUUAAAUAGUUAGCAAUAGAUUUUUAAAAAUUACAAUAUGUUUUAUUUAAUGUAAUAUUGAACACUGUCUGAAACAAAUGUCAUGAAUUUCUGUGGCCAUUACCCGACUGUAGAUGUAUUAUUUUCAUUACUAGUUGUGUAAUAAACGCUCCAGCAAUACCCCGAA